AUGAUAGAAGCGAAAGAGUGCCCGGAAUUUUGCAUUGAAAUUUAUAAGCCUGUCUGUGGUGCGCCUGUCAAAGCAGCAAAAUACGACACAAUAAAGACAUUCCCAAAUGAUUGCUAUCUUGGCGUUCAUAAUUGUCGUAAUCCCAACAAAACGUAUAAGAAAAUUUGGGACUACGCUUGUGAAGCAUCGAGGAGCAAGGUUGGAAAAUGA